CGUGUUUGCAAAAUAAACAAAAAAUAAUAAGUCGAAAAAAUAAAUUUUAUUAAAUUAACAUGGAAAUUGAGGAACUUCAUCCCUGCCAGCUUAAUAAUCUUAAGGAAGAACGUGAGGAGAAUGGAUCUAAUGAAUUGAUAGAGGAUUUUGAAGAUCAGCUUGACUUUGAGGAUGAUUAUAGCGACGACGAGGACUAUGAUUACUGUAAAUUUGAUUACGAUGAGUCAAGAAACAAAAUCAAUACUGUAGGAUACAGUGCGAAUUCACAAACUUCAUCAAACUCAAAUACUGCAAAGUUCCAGUCGUCCACAAAUCUUUUUAGGAAAUAUGCCAAUAAAAUCAGUGUAGAUAAGUAUGAAGGCAAGUCAAAUAAUGAUAAAAAUCGCAUUAAAGAUAAGCAGGACAGAGCAACUGCAGAACAAGUCAUGGAUCCAAGAACUAGAAUGAUUUUGUUCAAAUUACUUAAUCGUGGAUUUAUUAAUGAGAUCAAUGGAUGCAUAUCUACAGGAAAGGAAGCAAAUGUUUAUCACUGCACUAAUAAAUUUGGUGAUGAAUUUGCUAUAAAGAUCUACAAAACAUCAAUUUUAGUGUUUAAAGAUCGUGAUAAGUACGUGACAGGUGAAUUUAGAUUCAGACAUGGCUAUUGUAAGAGUAAUCCUCGAAAAAUGGUCCGUACGUGGGCUGAAAAGGAAAUGAGAAAUUUAUUUCGUAUGCAUAAAAAUGGAUUGCCAGUUCCUGAGCCAGUUCUACUUAAAUCUCACGUUCUAGUCAUGACUUUUAUGGGAAAAGAUGGAUAUCCAGCACCGAAAUUAAAGGAUGUCGAUCUAUCAACAUCAAAAGCUCGUGAAUUGUACAGAGAUUGUGUUAUUUUAAUCUGGCGUCUAUACAAUAUUGUAAAGCUAGUUCAUGCUGAUUUAUCAGAAUUUAAUAUCCUUUAUCACAAUGAAAAUGUCGUUAUUAUAGAUGUGUCACAAUCAGUUGAGCAAGAACAUCCACAUUCAUUUGAGUUCUUAAGAAAAGAUUGCACAAACAUCUCUGAUUUCUUUAGAAGAAAAGGCGUAUCCACAAUGACUGUUAAGGAACUAUUUGAUUUUGUUACUGAUCCAACAAUAAAAGAGAAUAAUAUGGAAGCAUGUUUAGAAGCUAUAUCCGAGAAAAUUGCAAAUAGAAAUAUCGAUGAAUUAACAGAACAAGAAAAGAUUGAUGAGGAAGUAUUCAAAAAAGCCUUCAUUCCUAAAACAUUGAGUGAUGUCUAUGAUGUCGAACGGGAUGUAUUUGGCAAGAAAAAAGGUGAGAAGGAAAAUCGCGAAGAAUUAAUCUACUCAAAAAUCACUGGACUCGACUCAAAUAAAGUAGCUGAAAAGCCUGAAGAAAAUAGCGAGAAUGAAGGAUCAGAAAGUGAAGAAAAUAGCGACGAGGAGGAACCGAGUGAAGGUGGUAAAACAAAAUCAAAUGGAAGGGAUAAAAAUGAGACAGCAGAAGAUAAAAAGGCACGAAAGAAGGCACUUCGUGAAGAUAAAGCUACUAAAAGGGAGAACAAAACUCCAAAGCAUGUAAAGAAAAGGAAGGAGAGGCUGAAUAAGAAGAAAUAAAUUAAUUAAAUUGAAGUAUGUAAAGUUGCUAUCCUGAAAUAAAAAUGUUAUGAAUUGCUG